AUGGGAAGAACAGAGCCUUCUAUUGGUCGUCCACCGGCGGCGUUCCGCAAAGACGUUCGCUCCAAAAAGGCUAAAGCGACUAUCAACAAGGUCAUUCCCAGUCUUUUACCUGGGAAUUCCCGUGCUCAGCAGGGUAUCGACGCAGCGGAGUUGAUUCCUUUUCAGACUGCACAAGCAUCAAAAGACGGUAAGACUACAGACCAAGCGAAGAAAGGCAAAUCUGGUCGUCGCUCAUCAACAUCAAAGUCUGAUGGUCAGGCCAGUCUGCCACCCUCAGCAGAAGCCAAACCACCCAGAAUUUUAGUCAGAGAGGUUGAUACACUCAAGGCAGCCCGAGACCUUCUCGAGAUAGAAACCCCAUCUGGAACAAAAGCCGAUCUCAAGAAUGAUCGCGCUCGCGUGGCCAUUCUUAACAUGGGCUCCCCUCUAUCUCCAGGCGGAGGUUUCCUCAACGGUGCAAACAGUCAAGAAGAGUCACUCUGCAUGCGUACUACUCUAUACCCUUCUCUCAAGGAUGAAUGGUACCGCAUUCCUGAUCUAGCAUCUAUCUACACUCCCAAUGUGCUGGUCUUCAGAGAUGAAGAAGCUGAAGAUCUGGAUAAAAAGGACCGGUUCUAUGUCGACUGUAUCACUGCUGCUAUGAUUCGAACGCCUGAAUACGAGAUGGACAAUGACGGUAUUGCGACGUACGCGAACAAAAAGGAUCGCGAGUUAGCUCAGAACAAAAUGAGGGCUGUCAUGCGUGUCGCUGUUAUGAAGAAGACGAAACGUCUGGUUCUCGGCGCUUGGGGCUGCGGCGCGCAUGGAAAUCCAGUUGGAGAAAUUGCACGGCUAUGGAAGGCGGUUUUGAUGCCGAGACAGGAUAAAUCGAAGGGUGUCAAGGAGCGGUGGGAACAGCUUGAUGAGAUUGUGUUUGCGAUCAAGGAUCAUAACAUGGCUCGAGCGUUUGCGGAAGCUUUUGGAGAUGGCCUCGAGAGGUUGGAAGACGAUGAUGAAGAGGAAGAGGGUAGCGAGGAAGAUGAGGGGAUGAAUGUCAAGACAAAAGAAUUGUUGACCAAGAUUGAGGAACUGGAGCAGCGUAUCGCAACAGUGGUGAAUCCCAAGGUCAAGGAGGGAUUGCAGAGUAUUCUUGAGGGUUUGAAGAAGCAGCUUCCUGACGAUGAGGGGUCAGUGCACUCGGAGGAUGUUCGCUCUGACGGCAAUGCUUCAAGCUAG